AUGGAAAAAGAUAGACCCAAUUACUUAGAAUUUCGAAGAUUGAUUGAUUUUCACUUAGAAUAAAUAAGUUCAAUAAAAACGGUAAAAAACAAAUUACUACCAAUAACUGGAGAAACUAAUUUGAUUUAUAAAGCUUCAAGAGAUGGAUAUACAGCUAGCAGUUUUCAUUAAAAAUGCGAUAACCAAGGACCAACAAUUUCUUUCAUCUUGAGUGAGCCUGGCCAAGUUUUUGGAGGUUACACCUCAAUCUCUUGGACAUCUCCUGGUGCAUAUAUUGAAGAUGCUGCUGCAUUUAUAUUUAAUCUAACUAAGAAUUCUCUACAUAAUUAAUAUUAGAACUUUGAAAAAGGUGUAAUUCAUAACCAUACCAAUUUAAUGAUAUUUGGAAGGGGUCAUGACAUCUUUAUCAACAAUAACUGCAACUAUGAUAAUGCUUAUAAUACUUGUGAUUUGGGCGGCACAUAUAUGCCUCCAUAAGGAUUAAAAUUUAGAGAUUCAUAAGCUUAAGAAUAUUUAGCAGGAACUUACUGCUUUAAAGUGAUUGAAAUAGAAGUUUACUAAGUUAAAUCAUGA